UAAACAAGUUUCACAAAAACAAUAUAGAGAAGAAAAAACAGCAUAAACAUUUGCGCUGGUGGAAGAUCGUAACAAAUUUUUAUACAAUUUUCAGUCUGCUCUAGACUUUUGAAGACUGCGGUAGUAAAUUUUUUGAAAUAACUUAAAAAAUAAAUUUAUAAAAAAAGAAAUUUUAUUUUAAUAAAAAUAAAGUGUUAACAUUUACAAAAAAAUAAAUAUUUUAAAUAACAAAAAACCAAGUGUUUGAAUUCGAAAAACGAAAAACGGUUAUUUUUAACAACAUGAUGCGUUCCUCUACUGUACGCUUAGCUUCGCAAUUGUUUCGUGCUCCAACUGCAACCAACACCAGCAGCUGCAGCAGCAUCUCUUUAACGCGUUCAUUUAACAGCAAUAAUAAACAACAGAAUGCGGCUGUCUCCGGUGAAACCAAUUUAAAUAAUCAAGGCGAUAAAUUUCUUCACUAUUCCCACGAAGAAGGUUAUAUCAAGACAUCGCCCUUUGAGAACACAAUCAUACCCAAUGUGUCAUUGGACAAAUAUGUUUGGCGUGAUUUUAAAUUAUGGGAAAAUAAUGUGGCAACGGUAAUGGUCACUGUCAAACCAGCCUCUAUAGCACCCAACACAGCACCCGGAUAUUCAGGUAAAUUGGGCAAACAAAUGGCUACAACAUCACCCUGUACCAAUUUAAAUUUUGAUGAAGAACUCAAAGACAUAAUUGCCACCGCCCGUGACAUGGAGGCACGCUGGGGUCAUCUAUUCGAUAUGAUUAUUAUAAAUAAUGAUACAGAACGAGCUUAUCAUCAGCUUUUAGCUGAAAUCAAUUCCCUAGAACGUGAACCCCAAUGGGUGCCAGCCAGUUGGACAAUAACUAAAAUCUUUAACAAUGUCUUCAAUUCUCUUUGCCUUAGGUUCCCCCAAACAAAGUUCCUUCAGGGCUACGGCAUGACCGAAGCAUCUCCCGUAGUGCUCAUGACUUCCGCAGAUAAUACACGUUAUGCUUCUACUGGCUUCCCAACCCCCCACACUGAAGCUAAAAUCGUUCCUAUAGAUAGUCAAGAUCACAAGGGCUUAGGACCCAAUCAGACUGGUGAACUAUGCGUAAGAGGGCCACAAGUAAUGAAAGGCUACUUAAAUAAUGAAGAAGCCACAAAUGAAACUUUCUAUCCGGGAGGAUGGUUACGAACUGGAGAUGUGGCCUAUUAUGAUGAUGAAGGUUAUUUCUAUAUAACCGAUCGUAUGAAGGAAUUAAUUAAGGUCAAAGGAUUCCAAGUGCCUCCGGCCGAGUUAGAGGCCAUUUUAAGAGAUCAUCCCAAAAUUUUAGAGGCUGCUGUCUUUGGUAUACCCCAUCCCAUCAAUGGUGAAGCUCCACGUGCCUUGGUGGUUUUAAGAGAAAAUAUGCAGGCCACAGAGGAGGAAAUCUAUAACUUUGUGGCUGAAAAAGUCGCUGUUUAUAAGAAAUUGGAGGGUGGCAUUAUUUUCGUAAAUGAAGUGCCCAAAAAUCCUACCGGUAAAAUCUUAAGAAAAGUAUUGAAAGAAAAAUAUUCCAGUUAAAAAAAGACAUGAAACUUUUUUUUAUUUUUUAUUAUAAGUUUAGUUUGUACAACAAUAAGAUUUUUUUAGUUUAAGUGUUACAUCAAUUAGGGGGGGUCUUAGAGUAUUUUUGUUAUAUGUCUAUAUAUAUAUUUAUAAAAUACUUUUUAAAGGGGCCUUAAAAGUUUUGCAGAAAAAAUGCAUUUAUUAGCAAUGAUUUUUUUUUUUAUUUUGUUAAGACAUUUUCUAAAAAGCUAAAAGGUUCCUUUUAUAGUUUUUUAUAAUAUUAUUUACUGUGAAAAAUAUAUAUUCAAUUUGUUUCUCCUUUUGUGCAGAAAUGUAUGAAUUGUAUAAUUGUAGAUUUUAAGUAAUUUUUAAGAUUUCUCUAUUGAGAGAAUAAUAAUUUUAAAAAUAUUGUUUAUUAACAAAAAAAAAAGAAACCUUUUAAGUUUUUGAG